AAUUUGUCGGCAGAGCAUUGGGUAAGCGAAAAAAGUCAUACUUCUCUGCUUCUUCAACCUUCUCCUUCACCCAUUUUUCUCGUUAUCAUCUUCAACCCAAAUCCAUGGAGUCGCAGUACAUUCAGAGCCACCACAGACAUAAUCCGGCAGGCAACCAGUGCUCCUCCGCCGUUUUCAAGCACAUCAAAGCUCCUGUUCACCUCGUAUGGUCGUUGGUGAGGAGCUUCGAUCGGCCGCAGAGGUACAAGCCUUUCGUGAGUCGGUGUGUGGUUAGAGGCGAUAACCUUGGAAUUGGGAGUCUUAGAGAAGUUAAUGUUAAAUCUGGGCUUCCUGCUACUACCAGCACUGAGAGGUUGGAGCUUCUUGAUGAUGAUGAACAUAUUCUUGGUGUCAAGAUUGUUGGUGGUGAUCACAGGCUCAAGAACUAUGCUUCGAUUAUCACUGUCCAUCCCGAAAUCAUCGAUGGAAGGCCGGGAACAUUGGUAGUCGAUUCAUUUGUCAUGGAUGUGCCCGAGGGGAACACGAAGGAGGAGACAUGUUUCUUUGUCCAUUCCUUAAUAACCUGCAACCUCAGAUCACUGGCCGACGUCUCCGAGAGGAUGGCUGUGCUGCAGGAUGCAGCCGAACCGAUUCCUCAAUAUUGUAUAUAAGCAAGAACAAAAUGGAGGAAAGCCUUUCCAAUCGAUUUUUCUGUUACUAUGGAUUUGUCAUCUCAUUGGAGACUCGCCCAGUAUCCUCUUCUGAUUUUGUUUUCAUAUAUUACCUCAAUUCUAGGAUAGUAUCUCAUGUUUUUGUUCUUGUGGGUCGGUGGAACUCCCAAAGACGUGGAGUUCUAUUUUGCUUUCAUUGUCAUAGAUAUAGAUAUAUAUGGAUAUACUAUCGUCAUAGAUAUAGAUAUAUAUGGAUAGUAUAGAAAUGUCUUCGGUUAGUAUAUGGAUACUUGAGGUGUUAUAGUAUAGAAAUGCUUUGGUCAGUGUAUGGAUACUUGAGGUGUUAUGUAUAUAAUAUGAACUUUGAGAUGCUAA